AUGGUUGUUAAGCUGUUCGGCUCCCCUGUUUCGACCUGCACAGCUCGAGUGAUGCUUUGCAUGGAAGAGAUCGGCUUGCAAUACGAGCUUGUCCCCGUCGACUUGAAAGCCGGCGAGCACCAAAGACCACCUCAUUCUGACAGAAAUCCCUUUUGUCAAAUCCCUGCCCUCCAGGAUGGCGGCCUGGUUCUAUUUGGUGAGGGAUUUCUCUGUUCGCCUAAAUUUAAGUUUGCCACACUACGUUUGAUUCGCAAGCCUAAGCCCUUCUGUCAAAUCCCUGCCCUCCAGGAUGGCGGCCUGGUUCUAUUUGAAUCUCGGGUUAUUACUCGCUACUUGGUGCAAAAAUAUGGCAAGGGGACUUAUCUCCUGAAACAGAAGAGCUUCGUUGACACAGUUGCAGUGGAUCAGUGGAUGGAGGUGGAAACACAACACUUCAAUGGGCCCAUUUCCGCCAUUGUUUUCCAACAUGUCUUCCUUCCACUCUUAUUUGGAGGACACACUGACCAGAACGUGGUGUUACUAGAUCUGGAUAAGCUGGGUAAGGUACUUGAUGUUUAUGAGGCCAGGCUUUCAAAGACAAAGUUUCUUGCAGGUGAUUUUUACAGCCUCGCUGACCUCCAUCAUCUCCCCUAUGGCUACCACCUCAUCAACAACACGCCGCAUGGCUCCCUCAUUAACUCUCGUCCUCAUGUGAAGGCCUGGUGGGAUGCCAUAACAUCCCGCCAAGGUAGCAAGAAGGUCUUAGCUGCCAUGGCGUCCACCAGCUAG